AUGGCUUUUACGUAUCUCACGAUAAUUAAUAAUAAUACUUUUGAUAUAUUAAUCUCUAAAAUAAAAUCGGAAACACGAAAACCUUCGGACAAAGCGUUUAAUAUACAAUCACACGGUUCAAAUUCUUCGUGUCAUUCACUCUUUGUAUUUUACCUUAAGGAAAAUUUUAGAGAAAGGACAAGCCAAACCAUUAUUCAUGAAUUAAAUGAACUUAUUCAAUUGAAUGCAUCUCCGCAAAAUUUGGAAUUUAUUAAAUAUGAUUGGACUAAAAGUGUUUGCUGGGCAAACGACACGGCACGUGACUUGGAGUUUUUACGAAAGACUAAAAGAAACCCUUAUAUCGCCAAAGAAUCUCCAUUGAACAAGUUUAAUGGUCUUGGCUCUUUAAGAUGGAUUCAAUUUGACGAACUCAAAAAUAUUGACUACUUCACAGAACAUAAAUUUUAUCCAGCCGAAUGGACUGGUGAUCAAACUCUACAAUAUAAAAGAGGAAUAAAACAACUUAUUGUUCGUUGUUGGGAUCGUUCACCAGCUAAUCGUCCAAAUGCGGAUGAGUUAUUUACAACAUUUUAUAAUUGGUGGAAGGAAAAAGAUAAAGAUUCAGAAUUAUAUAAACAAAUCCAAAAAUCAAAGAAUUUUCCCAAAAUAAAUCCUCGGGUUUUUUCUCCCCGACAUAUUACGUCAAGAAUGUAUUCAACAGCAUGUUAUACAAAUUACCUGUUCAACACUUCUACCUUUUCAAAACAUCUUUCAAGUGAUUUCAGUAUUCAAUCCAUUAAUAUUCUAAAUCAAAAUCUACUUAAAUCAAGUUCUUAUUUUAUUAUCAAUUCUGAUGAUUCAGCGACUACUUUUGCUGCUCGAGUCAGUAUACUUCUUACCACAUCUUAUAUUCAUCCCUAUAGCUAG